CACGCGCAAAGAACGAGUAACAAGAAAACAUUUAACAUAAACGGGAAAAAAAAACAAAAGGCACACACGGCAAAAUAAAAAUAGCGAAAAUCAUGACUAAAGAUUCUAAAAAGCAUGGCAGUGCCAAAGAUGUGGUGUCACAAAAGAAAAAGAGUGAUCAUGAUGAAUAUGUUGAUGAUGAUAUUGUGGUACAAGAAUUCAAAGACACUUUCAAGUCAGAGGGAGAACAUUUAGUAAAAACAGUGUUUCCACAGAAGAUCAUAGAGUUAGAAGAAAUACACAAGAGUUUGAGCCUAUCAAAGUUGUCAGAAGUUCACAGUGACUUGAAUAUACCUGUACCAGAGGCAAUUCAUCUUGACAAUGGAAAUGAUGAGCCAGCAACCAAAAAGAGAAAACAUGACCAUUCAGUACAAGGAACAGAAGUUUUAGCAUUACCAAAUGGACCAUGUCCAAUAAACAAAAAGUUGUGUGACAUUUCAGAACAGUUAAAACCCUACAUAAGAGAUUUGAUAGAUCACUCUAACACUAUAAAAAUGUGGAUAUCAUUUUUAAUACCAAAAAUAGAAGAUGGCAAUAAUUUUGGAGUCUCUAUACAGGAGGAGACAUUAGGUGAAGCACGACAGGUGGAGAGUGAAGCUGCUACGUACCUCGACCAGAUUUCUCGAUAUUUCAUCUCAAGAGGCAAACUUGUAUCAAAGGUUGCCAAAUACCCACAUUUGGAUGACUAUAGACAGUCAGUGAGAGAACUUGAUGAGAAGGAAUAUUUCAGUUUGAGACUAACCAGUGCAGAAUUACGCAACCACUACGCCAGUUUACACGACUUGAUCAUGAAGAAUUUUGAGAAGAUAUUAAAGCCAAGAAAUGCGAAUGCAGAGGCCCUGUAUUAGAGAAGAGAUUCAAGAUACUUCUCUUAGUUUACUAUAACCUGAUUACAUGAAUGUUUCUGUCAACACAUGAUAUAUUCUAUUUUUAGCUUGACCUUUUUCAAAGGAAAAAAAACGAGCUAUGUCUACAGUCAUGGUGUGGUUAAAUGUUCUGAUGUCCUUAAAUUUUAGGUCAAAUUAUUGCAUUUUCAUUGAUUUUUUACUGUUAUUGUCUAUAAAUUUGUACUUUAAGAUUGAAUUGUAUUCAUACUUUUUGAUUUAACUUGACCUUGACCUUUAUUCAACCUUGACAUAUAGUGUCAAAUUUUUAAAUUUAUCUUUAUUUAUGUACAGAUUUGAUGAAUGCUUUGACAAACCAAUGUUUGUGACUAACUGAGCCUUUUGAAUAACUUAAAUAUAUGACCUUUGUUAAGAAAAAUUACAGAUAUGUGAAAUGACCUUAACUGUCAAGUCUAGUAUGAAAUUUAUAUUAGAUUUAGGUAAGGUACUUUUCAUUGAAAAUCUUCACUACAAUAUUUUUCUUCUGAGAAGAUUGCCUUUGGAAUAAGAAAUAGUCGAUCAUGGCUCCUGCUAGGUGGUGGCUCGGUGUUGAUUAAUAUAAUCAAAUGAUUCAACAGUGUGAUCAGGUUAUAGGUUUAUAACAUCAGAAUUUGUAGCAUUUAUUUGUAAAGCUAUAUAAGAAUUGUCAACUUUAUUUUACUGUACUAUUAAAACGUUAAAGCAGUGUCACUUGCACUUAAUGCAUUUCUUCAAAAACAAGUAACAAUGGCUUAUUGGUGCUAAGUUUGAGUCAAUGAAUAAUAGUGCUUAUAUUUCAGUUUUUAUUUUGUUUGUAAUUCUAAGACCUUACACAGGUAUUGAUCUGACUACUUUAACACAAGUACUGAUCUGAAUAUUAAACACAAGACCUCUUAGAAUGUUUACCUUAAAAGUUAUUUGAUUUUACUACUCAUUCAUUGUAAAUAAGACAACAUUUAUGUUUAAAUUUCACAUAAAUCAUUUUCAUUCA